GUACAGAGUGUUACCGACGGCCACUAUGACUAUGAGGCAUCGAGUAGAGGAAGAUGCGUCUGAUGCAGCGAUUAUAGAGAGGAGAAGAUAAGAAGAUUGUUGUUUUUGGUCGAAGAGGUGAAGAUAAUCCAGAAUGAGAAAUGGCGCAGAUACCAUCGCCGCGCUUGCGGCACUACAGAACAAUGACGGCGAUCUGCUUCGUUUGCAACCUUCCUAUUCUAUCACAUCAAGUUGGACUUGUUUGGCAAGGAGGCAAUGGAUGGGACGAUCUGGUUCGCGAGCAAGUGGAGGAAUCUACCAUCAGACAACGUCUCGGUGGAAGAAGAGACUCUUCAACGCAGAUAUGUAACAUUUCACCACCAGAUCAUGAAAAUUCUCCCCCACAAACAUCAAGACGCAGGAGAAGCUCUUUGGCUCAACUUACAGACCUGCUGAGAGAGUGGAGUGGAACGUCUAAAAAACAGAAGCAACUAUGUCGUCGCGAAACUCUUGCAGAUCUUGCCCGGUCUUUACCGUGGGGAAGACAGACAACAACGGAUGGAGGGGGUCCCAUUACAUCCAUAUCAACGAGAAAAAGGAGGGAAUCAAGUGCAGAUUCAGGUAUAAGAAGUAUUAGUUCGAAAUCUCGCAGAGACUCUCAUAAUGUAAUUUCCGAUUUCAAAUCAGAGGUGGCUAGACUCUGGCAUAGGCGGGAAUCGAACUCUACCACCAUAAUGACUGCAAGCACUUCCCCUAGAAGAGGAAGCGGAGAAUCUAGCAGAAGCGGUAGAAGAGAUUCUUCGGGACAUUCCGGUCAUUCUAGAGGUGCAUCAAGAAGAGGUUCUGGUGAAAGUGGAAAAAGCGCGAGGAGAGAAUCUUCAAUUAUGACACCAUCACCUCCUAAAACCAUGGGUAGUACUAAAAAGAGGAGAGAAUCGAGAAAUAUAAGUGAAACUCCAUAUUACAGACAGGAUCAAAGGCCAUCUACUUCCUCGACCGCCUCAGAUUCUGCCGGACCGAUGAAUAAUAUCCCUUCAACUCUUGUCAUUGGUGUUACAUCUACGAGUGAUUUUGGCACACAAGCUUUACCCCCUCCUACUAUAAUAACUUCGAGUGUUACUCCACCAGCAACCUCACCAACUGUUCCCUCUCAAACUACUGCUACAACUCCAACACAUCCUUUGUUAAGUACGAGAAGGGAUUCUACGACGCAGUGUGGAAGGGUGAAUAGAAGAGAUUCUCGAACUCCUGUUAGCCCAGAAAGAGCGAGUAAAUUGUCUAGACUCCAGAGACAGAAUACUGCAUAUGAUGAGAGUUGCUUACCUCCAGGUGGUUGGAGUCGCAGAGGAUCUCAACCAACCGCACUCAGUCCAGAUGUAGAUGAAUCUGGUAGAAAGGCUAGAAGAGAUUCUCUGAGUCCUGACUCAGCUUCCAAGGGAAGGCGAGAUUCACGAACACAUUUAAGUCCAGAUAGAUCUGGCGAACGCGACCUUAGUCCAGUAAGACGAUCGAGGAGAGCCCGUUUGCGAAGACAAUCAACAAGUAUAGCUCGAGGGCCCACAGUCAAAUCACCGGAUUCCUCGAGUUGUUCAAGUAGGGACCCCAGUCCAUGUAAUAGAGCUGCACCUCCUCCAGCUGAAACUCAUAGACCUAUGAUAAGAAGACAAUCAACCACUGAAGAAAUUCUAAUAGCUAGAGGAUUCAGAAGACAAUCAACCACUGAAGAGAUGAUAAGAUGUAGAAAUUUCAGAAGGCAGAGCUCUCAAAGUGACGACUGCCAGAGGUAUAGAGGCAGGAGAGAUUCCAGCGCCCAAAUACUAGAUGGCACCAUUGCUUCCAUGACAGUCGAGACUUCCAGUACAUUCUUCGACUCCAGUACACAAACAGAACCAUCACCCUUGUAUGACAAUAACCACUACCACGAGGAAUGUCUCCGUUGCAACUCUUGUGGACUGAACCUGACAGGACCGAACCAAAAGCGUGCAAGACGGUUCAAAAACAUAAUCCUCUGCGACUUACACUUUGCUGAUGUCGCUCUAAUGGAGUGCUCUGAUUUCAUGCAACAGCUGCGUUCAUUCAAACCACAAUCCUUGGGAUGUGCAGUUGCUAGGAGAAAAAGUUCAACAACGCUUAUUUUUCCAUUGCCACCACAAGCAUGCUCAGAUGAAUUCUGCGAAGAGUUCCCGCACAAUUUUAUACCAACGCCAGGCUACUGGAUCGAAUGUUCCAGGCAGAAAAUCAACACGGAUACGAUAUGGGAUGAGUCAGAAUCGGACCAUGAUAUCCGGGAGAGCGAAGAGCUCAACAAUAUCGACGGCAUGGACCAGGAAAAUGGUCAUCCAUGCAUCCGGAGGAGAGAUAGAAGCUGCAGUGAUUUAUAUGAGGACGAUGAGGAGGACGAUAUGGCGCCUCCAAGAAAAAAGACGGCCAUCGAGGAACAAUGGGAGAAAAAUCAGGGUUUUGAACUUACAAGUGUGGAGCAAGAGACCUACGAAAAAUAUUUUUAUGGGACGGAGCACUGGAAUUAUUUCACAAACGAUGAAGAUUUGGGACCUGUUGUCUUGUCCAUCAAACAAGAAACGCUCAACUCUCGAGAUCAAUUCCGGAUAUUGGUGAGGGCGAUAAGUUACACAGUGCAUGGGUUAAUACCUGCCAGUUGUGUAUUUGCUGACAGAUACAACAGAGAAGAAGUAGUACGGUCAUUAGGAAAAGAAGUGAACAUUAAUCCUCCUCUUACGUUAGGACAGCUUCCAGAUACGCCAGAGGAAUUACUCAAAUUGGAUCAAGUGUUCAUCAAAUCGGAAUUGAAAGUUGGAGUCAUUUAUAUCACCGAAGGACAAUACACAGAAGAAGAAAUAUUAGACAAUAAUGAUAAUUCUCCUCUUUUUGAAGAAUUUCUACAGAUCCUCGGUGAGAAGAUCAGACUGAAAGGAUUCGAUAAAUACAAAGGUGGCUUGGAUACAGUACACGAUUUAACAGGACUAUACUCAGUUUACACCAAUUGGCGGAAUAUCGAAAUAAUGUUUCAUGUUUCAACACAACUACCCUACGAGAGACACGAUCCUCAAAAAUUGCAACGGAAAAGGCAUAUUGGAAAUGACAUUGUGUGUGUCGUAUUUUUGGAAGCCGAUAAUACUUCAUUCUCACCAGCUUGCAUCAAGAGUCAUUUUCUACACACAUUCAUUCUGGUGAGGACAUCUGCGAGGAUAAAACGAAAACCAACCAGGUACGAGGUUUCCGUGGUUACCAGGGAUGAAGUAGGAGCCUACAAGCCAUACUUGUGGGAGCAGAGCGUCUUCGACAAGGGCCCAAUGUUCAGGGAAUGGCUUUUGACGAAAAUCGUGAACGGUGAAAGAGCCAGCUAUUCAGCUCCGAAGUUCGCGAGGAUGCAGGAGAGAACCAGAUCGCAGAUGCUGGAAGAUAUCGUUGCCAAUUUGCAGAACCACGCGGAAACAGGCCAAAUACCCAAACCGUACAGGAGAGGUUCCUGGCGUCCUAUUGGCCACAUGAGACCAUCUUCACCAUUACUGGACAGCGUCCGUGAUCAGUUCGAAGACCACGACCAGAUUGCCAAAGACUUCACACGAAUGUUCUUAAACACCGAGGAAAAUAUCCAGAUAAAUGGUCAACUUUUCGACGUGAUCUUCAUGGUUGGACAGUCCAAACAGAAAACACGGUUGAUAGGAGUAAGAGCAAUCCUGGGUGUUAGGAGUAGGGUAUUUCAAGAGAUGUUGUACGGCAUACAAACUGGAUUUGGUUCGCCACAAGUGCCAGUAGCCGAGCUUCUAGCGAGGCCUGUACCUAGCUUGAUAAGCCCCCAGCAGAGCAGGCCGAAAAGUUCCAACUUUUUGCAGGUUCCAGAUAUCGAAUCUCCCCGACCAAAAAGUGUUCCAAGUUCACCAAUGAUGAAGAGAGCUUUCUCAAGAUUAGGCACGAUAACAGCCGGAUGGGGAAGAAGUAUAAGAAAGCACAACACCGCUCAACUAUCAACUGAAGAUAAGAAAAAAUGGGCCAGUAGUCAGGAUUGCUCAAACAAGGAUGGAAAGGAUAAGGAAGGAAAAGAAAAACCGCAUGUUUCACAGCUUCCAGUACCAAGACUGAGUGUUUGUGCGGACGCACAAAAAGUAGACAGGGCCAAACUAGCCCAGACUGAAUUUUCGAUAAUCGAAUUCGACGCUGAUACUUUUCGAAUACUUUUGGAUUACUUGCACACUGGUUCUUGUCCUCUUACGUGCUCCACGAUCCCAGGUCUUAUUUGCGCAGCUGAACACUACGAUCUGCCGGAACUGUUGCAAGCAUGCUUUCACCAUGCCAAACAAUUCCUUAGGAUAGAAGUGGUCUGUUGUAUGCUUUGUUCCUUGGAAAAUUAUUACUGGAGGUAUACUUCAGCCUCUGAACUGGUAAACAUGAUUUUAGCCUUUGUGGAAACCCGAGCAUAUGCCUUAUUUCAAAUAAAAGACUUUCUCAAUUUGAGCGAAUCUAUGGUUCAAAUGAUAAUGUGCAGGAAUUUGGAGAUUCCUGAAAUAAGAAAAUUCGAAGCCAUGUUGGAAUGGACGAAACAUAAAAUAAGAACUAAGACUUCAAGUAAACUAGAUGCCAAAUUGGAAUUCAAAUGUAUAAUGGAAAGACUGGCUAGAGAUUUGAAAUUGUAUAGAAUAUCACCCCAAGAACUCAUCAAGGUUGUUUUGCCAUCGAAAGCCAUAAAGAAUGAACGCAUCCUAGAAACACUGAUGUUCCAAGCCAACUCCGGCAUGUACCGGAUUCAGGAUUCCUACCUUCAAGAGUGCACGCAGAAACUCCAGAAACAGGACUCGAGAUUUUCAGAGUGGGAAUCUUUCGAUUACAAUAUCUGAACGCACUUAUUGGCCUAUUGGUCAAUCCAAAUGAAAUGCUACCGAAUUUGGAGCAUGAUCUCAUGAAAAAUUUCCACCAACGUUCAGAUGUUGCAAAAUCAAUUUAUGGUUAAGAAGAAAAACAAUAAGAUGUUAGGUACUUGGGAACAAUAUUUUCAUAUUUCUCAUUUUACAUUGUGACAAUCUGUCAGCAUGUAUGUUUCUGACUCUGGUGUUUAUCCGGGUUCUAAGAGUAGACACAUUUUUUCAUUAGUGAUGGUCGUGAAUAUUACUGCAAUAUAUUCAAUGGGGUUACUUUAUCAGAGGAUACAUGACAUGCAUUCUGCUUCCAAUGAAAACAUUGUUGCUGUUAUUUGGAAGGGUUAUAAUGAUAUCAUGAUUAUCAUUUCUUUGCAAUUUUUAUACUGCUUGACGUCAUACAUCCACAUCUUCUCAUUUUUAACAAUAUCCAAUUCAGUUGAUGAAAUGAGAAAUUAUAUCAAUAAUUACUCAAUUGUUAUAUCAUUUAGUGAGUACAAAAUGAAAACGGUUAUGUAUUAACUUUAAUCAUCCAAUGAAUUGAAUUGAAUACAAUAAUCAACAAGAAUGAACACAUAACAAUGCCUGAAUAUAACAAAUAAUGAUAUCUAGGUUACAGACGGUUUUACAAUUCAGUUUAUAAAUAUGUAUCGGGUUUUUUACCAUAA